AGACUUGCUCAGCCCGCGGGUCUCUCUCCGCAGAGGCCGGGCUUCCCUCCCCGCCUCAGCUCGGAGGCCGUCCCGGAAGGCGUGUGGGCCGGGCGGCCUGCGUCGCUUCCCGUGGGCUGGGGAAGGGGAAGGCGAAAGGCGAGGGGAGGCGCCGUCGGUGCUCAGAGCAGGCAGCCGGAGCCGCGGUGGCGAAGCGGCCAAGGAGGUGGCAGUGGCCGAGGCGAGGGACGGGGGCGGCCAGGCCCGGCCUUGGGCCCCCGUCGCCAUGGAGAUAGAACAGGAGUUCCACCGGCUCGACCAGGCCAGCAGCUGGGCCGCCAUCUACCAGGACAUAAGACAUGAAGCCGGUGACUUUCCUUGUAAAGUGGCCAAACUUCCCAAAAAUAAAACUCGCAAUAGGUACAGAGAUGUCAGCCCUUUUGACCACAGUCGAAUUAAGCUGCAGCAAGAUGAUAAUGACUAUAUCAAUGCUAGUUUGAUAAAAAUGAAAGAGGCACACAGGAGCUACAUCCUUACACAGGGUCCUCUGCCAAAUACUUGUGGUCACUUUUGGGAGAUGGUUUGGGAACAGAAAAGCCGCGGUGUUGUCAUGCUCAACAGAGUGAUGGAAAAGGGAUUAAUGAAAUGUGCACAGUACUGGCCGCAAAAAGAAGAAAAAGAAAUGCUCUUUGAAGACACAAACUUGAAGCUCACCUUGAUAUCAGAAGAUAUUAAAUCCUACUAUACAGUACGACAGUUACAGUUGGAAAACCUGACAACACACGAAACCAGAGAGAUUCUGCACUUUCACUAUACAACGUGGCCUGACUUUGGAGUCCCAGAAUCCCCAGCUUCAUUCCUCAACUUCCUGUUCAAAGUGAGAGAGUCAGGGUCGCUAAGCCCUGAAUACGGCCCCAUCGUAGUGCACUGCAGUGCAGGAAUCGGGAGAUCUGGAACAUUCUGUUUGGUUGAUACUUGCCUCGUCCUGAUGGAUGAAAGGAAAGACCCUUCUUCUGUCGACAUCAAGCUGGUUCUCCUCGAAAUGAGAAAAUACAGAAUGGGGCUCAUACAGACCACAGACCAACUCCGCUUCUCUUACUUGGCAGUUGUAGAGGGGGCAAAAUUUAUUAUGGGAGACUCUUCGGUGCAGAAGGAACAAUGGAAAGAGCUUUCCAAUGAAGAUUUGGACCCGCCGCCAGAGCAUACUCCCCCACCACCGAGACCGCCCAAACGAGGUUCGGAAAUGAAUAACGGGAGGUUGCCUGAACCCGUGUUCCCCAAGCAUCGGGUGAUUGAAGAGGAGGAGGUCAAAUGUACAGUCACCGUUGUUCAGGAGAAGGUGCCCGAUGGGGAGCCGCUAGACGCAGACAGCACUAGUCAAGACACUGAGCUUAGGAAGAGAACUGUUGAUACUUCACCACAUAGUGAAGAGCUGGUAAAGCCGGAAGAAGAAGAGGAGGAGGAGGAGGAGAACAUGGUGGCCACUUGGAAACCGUUUCUGGUCAACAUUUGCCUGUUCACCGUCCUCACAGCUGGAGCAUACCUCUGUUACAGGGCCUGUUUUCAUUGAUGGACAUACCAGCACCGGAACCAGAAAUGCCAGUAAUGUAACUGGUGCUUAACUUGUUUCUGUAAAAAGAAAGCUAAAGGGGGCAUCCACGCCUUGCCCCAGUGGGAAGCGUAUCUUAAGUUUGAGAAGCUGGAACUUUGGUUAGGGCUUAAAGCGAAAAAUUGAUGCACUAGGGUUUAAUUUUUUAGCCCUGUGGUCCCAAGAAUUUAAUAUUCUAAUCUCAGGGCCUUUAAGAUAUUCAGGAGUAAGCAGAGAAUAUGCCAAAUAAGUCUUGUGUUUUUAUUAUUAUUUUUUUUCUUACUUUCAAUGGAAUAAUAAGAGUUUACAACACAUUGUUGUUCUUUUAUUUUUUUAGUAUUUUUAAAACAAGUUUUUUGUUUUGUUUUGGUCCAGAAAAGGAACCUUUAGGCACAGGUGAAAAUUUGCUUCUCUUCUCCAAGUGUUUGCAACCAAAUACAUGAGAUAGGUCUUUUUUUAAAAAAACAAAACACCACUACUCACACACACACCCAAGAAUAUACAAAAGUUUGCAAAGGGAGAGCUCUUUCCUUGAUGCCUUUUAAAGUCUGGGGGGGCUUGAGUCUGUGAGGAACCAUUUCUGCAGAAAUGCUGCUAGUUAAAAUUGGCGGGUGCUACUCAGGAGCCCCAGCCGAACGGACGGAGAUUAUACAGUAGCACCUCUGGGUGGGUCUAACCCUGCCGUUUCCCUCAGAUGUGUUUUUGGCAGUGCAAGUCGCGAAAAGUAUAUUUUCUCUGGUAGUUUAUCUGCUCUGGAAAAGGUUGUUGCUUUCCUUGGGUGUUUAUUAUAGUAGGCAUUGGCAGCAGCUCAGGGCAUCCCAGCAGGUCGAAGGUUACUUCUCUCCCUGCCUCCUCUUUGGAAAUGAUGAAAUGUGCUUCCUCCCACAACUGCCCUUUUGGUUGCAUCCAGUACAUACCUGUUGCAUUGUGGCAUCAUCUUUUUGUUCUCAUUAAAACGGGGGGGGGGGGGGGGGAAUCUGUCGCGAGAAAAGAAAAGAAUUGCAACGACAGCGUUUCUACUGGCAUUUACCAGUUGUUUCAGAUAACUGUCUUCAAAAGAACUGAGUUGAAGGCCUGUUGUCAUCAGCCCCAAACAAUUUAGGAAUGUAAAAUGAAAUUUCAUGCUACAUUUGUCCCACGAAGAAUGCUUUGGGUUCCAGAUAAAACCAGAGGAGGAUUUUAGGUCAGAAGACAGGCCAGCUCCUCCGCAUCAGAGAGAUCCAUUGGGAGUAUUUCUCCAUAAAUUUCAUGUAGCUGAGUUCAGGAGUUAUUUUCUCCAGCCAGCAGAACCAGUUAUCUUGCAAAAUACAAGCAAUUGGCUUAGUGGCUCUAAUGUUUUUUUUUUAAAAAAAAAAUAGAGAUUUCAAGAGUGUUUUUCAUUUGGCUCAGGGUGAUACUUCUCAGUAGCCAGGCUUAAGUGUCUGAGAGUUUUCCUCAUGGGGAAAAAGGAGUGGUCAUUCCAACUCUGAUGAGAUUUGUGGCCCUAUUUGUAGGUUGUUCCAUUGGAUGAGGAUUUGGGGUGUUUUGUUGUGUAGGAACUGAGGUUAACUUGCUGUAGCUGCUAGAGAGCACCAGAAAUUAGAAGUAUGGGAUUUUUUUCUCUCUUUUUUUUGUCUGUAGUUUUGGGGGGGAUAAGUUGCCAGAACUCUGCCAAGCCCUCUUGCUGUUCUUUUUUUUUUUUUUUUUUUUUGGGGGGGGGGGGGACUAGAAAUCAGAAAAAAAUCUUUUUCUUGAGUGGUCAGGUUCAUUCAAUAACACAUUCAUUCAGUAACAUUGUAGCUGGCUGUUGUGGAUUUUUGGGCUAUGUGGCCGUGGUCUGGUAGUUUUUGCUCACACCUCUGUGGCUGGCAUCUUCAGAGGUAUUUCUCACCGUGACAUACCGCUGGAGAUGCCACUCUAAGUGCAGGGGAAAUGUUAGGAGCAAAACCUACCAGACCACAGCCACACAGCCUGAAAACCCACAAAAGCCAGUUGAUUCCAGCCAUGAAAGCCUUCGACAAUAAAAUUGUAGCUGUUUCAGAAAGAACCAUGACAACUGAUCGUGUGUCGCUAAUCCCUCCUUUGAACAAAAUUCCGUAUUCUACUUACGUAGCACUUAGACAUUGUUCUUUCUUUUUUUUAAAAAAAAUGCAUUAUAUAUUUUUCACUCCAUAUUUAUUUUUGUUCUCCGUAUUCGUUUGAACUGGGGCUCUUUUUCUUUUUGUCCUUGAACCAAUUAGGUAUUAAUUGAGGGUCUUUUGGGGAAAAAAGAGAGAAUGGAGAGGUUGGUUUUUAUUUUUAAAAAAGAUGCUUACAUCAAGGGCUUUGCAAAGGUACAAUAAUAAAUCCUCAGGUAGUACUGGGAAUCUCAUUCUAAAAAAAUUACCUGUGAGACUGUUGGUCAGACCAGAAUUUGGGGAGGGAGGGGAAGGAAUAUUGUUAAACCAUCAAUAUUUAGUAGUAUUGGAAACAUGAAAAAUACUGAGUAUAGAAAAUGAUAUAAUAUAUAAUGGCUCAUCUGUGUGAUUUGCAAUACGGUGAUUGCUUUGUCCCUGUCACACUCUGUCACUUCGUAGGGUAUUGUUCAAAAGCAGCAUUUGUGUCCCCAUUUCUAUUCAAAUGCAUGCAGAGUCUCCUGAAGGUGUCCUGGUUUUUUAAAAACACACCCACACAAACCUGUGUGCUUGAAAGGUUGAAAAGAAUCUUGUAUUUCUGCUUCCUGAUGUGCCCAGAUUAUAUUUGCAUGACCUGAUCAUUUUAAAUGGCCGUGAUUCCGAGGGUGUUGCUGAGAUCGUCUUCAUUCAGCCCAAUAGGCUAGUUGGUGUUUUCUCUUUUUUAAAAAACAAAAACAGCAAAAAACAGAACCCUGUAUCUUGCCUAAUACUUGGCAUGACUUUCUAUUCAGUUUUUACGUAUACCAUGUUAACUCAGUUGUAUACCACAUAUUUCAGCCAAGUAAGUAUAGUACAGACAUUCCAGAAUGUAUACAAAGCCAUAUUCACACCUCACACAUACAGUGUGCAUACACAAGUAUUCUGCAGCAAAAGAGCUGAAACAUGAGGUGCGUUGGGUUUGGCUUCGGACGUCCCAAACAAAUGGCUUUUCUGCAAAGGCCUCCGGAAGCAAAGGGAGAUUUUUUUUUCAAAGUAUGUUCUUUGUUUCCGUAGACAUCAAGCAAUUUUAGCUGAAAGGAAAAAAAAUCAGAACCCUUGAAAAAAGCAGCGGGUGCCGAAUAGUUACAUUCUUCCUCGUUGGGGGGAAGACUUGAAUUCCAGAAUGUGUCUCUGAGGCCCCUUCCGCACAUGCAGAAUAAUGCACUUUCAAUCCACUUUGCAGCUGGAUUUUACUAUGCAAAAUAGCGAAAUCCACUUGCAAACAAUUGUGAAAGUGGAUUGGAAGUGCAUUAUUCUGCAUGUGCGGAAGGGUCCAGAUUCUUAACAGUGACUUGAUUGUAGUUUAUUUGCAACCGGUCAGGAAGAAUGAAAAGAUCUCUCUGGCUACCUGUGCCCUCUUCUGCUAAUGAGGGCCGCCGUUUGCCUUGUUACCUGUCUGAACUCAAGAGAUAUGUGCUGCAGUGAAAACAGACAGUAGAAUGCCCUAGUAAAGCCUAGUGAGGUGUGUAUAAGGUUUAUAAUGCUGAAAAUGUAAGCAUUUUGUUUUGAUGUCCUGUAUAUGUAUGUAGUAGUUUGGGUGUGUAUAUACAGUAGCGUUUCAAAGUGGAUGUAUUGGUUAACCUAUUGGGGGAGGGGGGGAACGGAACAAAAAAGAAUCCAUGUUUAAACUCGUUAGAAAGUUAGUGAGCUGCUCUGCUAUAUGCCUUAAGCAAAUAUUUACUCAUCAGGUCUUUCUUUUUUACAGAUUGCCAUAGAAGUCUUUUUUAAAAUAAAAAUGAAAAUGAAAAAAACAAAGCUAAAUGUUUUGGUAUAAUACAUUUUCAGGUAUAUUGUCUUUUGUGUAAGGCACUGCGACGACCUCACAGUUUCAGUAAGACUGUACAGUUUUUCAAUUUCUCAUACAGACUUUCAGUUCUCUUAUUAGCGGCAACAAUAAAGUCCUUUUUGUAAAGAA